AUGUCUAUGUCCCUAUCGGACAUUGAUGCUCCUAUUUUCGCUAACUCAACAGCAAUACAGUUGUUGGUCGAUCCCCUGUGUCCCCGUACCCAUUUGAGCACGAUUGUUGAAUGUCUCUCCAUCCUGUUUAAGGAUGCCCUGCAUUCCUGGACUAGUUUAGAUGUAGUAUAUACACCAAUCGGGGAUUUGAUAGCAGCUUGGCUAUCGAAAUGGUACGAAGAAGGUCCACCAACCACCUAUUGGCUAUCGGGAUUUUUCUUUACUCAAGCAUUCCUAACUGGAGCACAGCAGAAUUUUGCCCGAAAAUAUGUUAUACCUAUCGACUUACUUGUUUUCGACUAUGAAGUCUUGCGAAUUGAAGAAGAUCAAAUUGCCGGAGUAAAUGCACCCGAAGAUGGUGUUUAUGUUUAUGGAAUAUUUCUAGAAGGAGCCAGAUGGGAUCGCAUUGAAAACUAUUUAGCUGAAUCACAUCCACGUGAACUCUUCGAUCGUAUGCCUUUAAUAUGGAUGAAACCGGUAAAGAAAUCUGAUCUUAAAGCUAGACAUAUUUAUGUGUGUCCUCUCUACAAAACAGCCGAAAGGCGUGGUGUACUCUCUACUACGGGUCAUAGUACAAAUUUUGUAGUUGGCAUGCUUUUGGAAUGUAAUCCAAAUACUGAUAUUUCGCAUUGGAUUAUUAGGGGGACAGCUUUAUUGUGUCAGUUGAGUUUUUAGUUGCAAUUUUUUGUGGUGUAUGUUAUUUUGUUUCACAAAUUAUUUUAUUUUUUAAAUAAAUGUUAUUGUAUGUAAUUUUAUUAAAAUAAUAAAGGAUUUUAUUUUUUUUUA